GUUAAUAUCCUUGAGGCAAGUCUGAACUUAAGGGUAGAUAAGUCUGCCAAGAACUUUUAAUGUCUUGGUUGCACAUGUUAUAGUAUGGUGAAUGGCGGGCAUGUGGCAGGCAGGCGGGCGAGCAGGGAAAAAACUUUCGUAACAGUUUCCUCAGCAACUACACAUCACAACCUCUUGAUAUUUGGUAUACAGCAUUAACUUGUGGUCCCAUUACUGUGGUAUUAGAUUUCAGGUCUGUCGUUCACUGUUCGACAGUAUUGGUCAAUGUUAGGAAAUUUUCGUAACAGUUUUCUCAGCAACUUCUUAUCACAGCCUCUUGAUAUUUGGUAUACAGCAUUAACACGUAGUAUCAUACAGAAGGUUUCGAUUUCAGGUCUGUCCCUGAUCCACUUCCUGUUUACAGAUUUCGUUAAAUGUUCGGCAUUAAUGGUCAGUGGCACGAAACUUUUUUUCAGCAUCUACAUAUCAUAGCCUCUUGAUAUUUGGUACACAGCAUUAAAAGAUGGUCCAAUACUGUGGUAUUCGAUUUCAGGUCUGUCACAGAUCUACUUCCUUUUUCCGACCGAGUUAAAUUUUCGACAUUGAUGGUGAAUGGUAUAAAAUUUUCAUAACAUCACAGACUCAUGAUAUUUGGUAUACAAAUGCAGCCCGGACAUUUCUGUCUUUGACUCAUUUUUGCAGAUUUAUGCCCCUUUUUCUUUUAUACUCUCCAGCUCUGAUGAAAGUGAAGAGUGCUGUACUCAGAUAGCUUAUAUUUGUUGAUUUGUGUGAUUCUACAUGUAAUAUGUUUCUGUUUUAGAACUUAGAAGGUGACGACCAUAAAUCAAUAAGACCAGAGCUGCUGUAUGUACGUGGGAGAAUGUUUAAACAAAAAUUAAACAUUGAUCAGGUAAAGUUAGCAAAGUGGUUCUCCCCCUAUGGAAAUGUUGAUGUGAAAGCAUAUGGCCAAAAUAAAGCAUUGGUUGCUACAUCAAACCACUACUGUGCCAAAGAUAUUUUACGAGCAUUUAAACAGCACAACACAAUAUAUGUGACAUAUUAUAGUGUAUGGAAACACUCUCCCGUUGCCAGGGGACUUUUGUGGACAGGGGUUUUGCUAUCAGGAAGUGCUUGUGUUGUUGCCUUAUUGACUGGUGAUAAGAAAACAUGACCCAAAAGAUACUUGACUAAAGGAAAAAUCUUGAAUUCAUAUAAAAGAUGUGAAAUUGACAGAAAAGAUGGAAUUAACAUAAAAAAGACUUUACCAGAAGUUUACCAAAAAAAAAAAAAAAAUGAAAAAGCUGGAGAUUUUCAUACUACUUCUACUAAAUUGAUUAUGAAUCUUGUGUGGCAGGAAAGGAAAAUUACAGUUACUGUUGGAAAUCUUGUAGAUGAUGUUAUGGAAAAAAAACAAGAUGUCAAUAUUGAAAAAAAUGAAUGUCAUUUUUAUAUCUCAACCACUUCGGGUUACGGGCAGUCAUGUAGAAUUUUCAUUGUCCGUUUUUCAUACUGUCAUGUUGUUGUAGGUCAGUAGUCUGACAAAGCAGUGAAAUGUUGGGGCAUCUGCGUCCUAUGUACAAAUUUCUUAAUGUUACAACAAAUGUAUUCGGAAAAAUUUAAGACUGAAAUUUGAAUCAGCAUGAGUUUAAAUCAGAAAAUUGUUUGAUUGCUUUAGGAACUGGCAUAUUGUAGCUUAGUUUGUCACACAAUAUCAAAUAAACGUUUUGCAGUGUAAAGCCGAGGUAGAAAGCUUUGAUUAAUAAAAUAUAUUGAUCAAAUAAUUGAAGUAGUACAUGAACACAAAGUAAAGAUAUUUGUUAUUAACUUUUAGUUGUUACUGGUUUUAGACAUUUUAUUUUCUUCUUAUUUUGAAUAAAAUUCAAUAUCUA